CUCUCGCGCGGGACAUCAGUCAGUCGCGUUUACGAGUCUCGAAGGUGAACAUGUCGCGGUGUUAGGGCCUCGUCGUCGUCGUCGUCGUUGUCGUCGUCGUCGUUUAGUUUCGCGUAGUGUUCCUUAUUUUCGGUCGUUGUUCACCCAUUCCUUUAUAGCUUACUCGUCGUUGGAUAACUAUAUAUAUAUUGCCGGGCUUCGUUUUGACGGUUAGGUUUUUGGCACGAUCGGCGCGUCCGCUGCAAGAAAGAGAGAGUUCGAUUCUUCGCUGUUUUUCGCGCCUUUUACCGAAAAACCCGAGGAGCUUCUCGCUGUCAACAAACGCCUGUCCCAUAGCCUGCAAACGGAAAAAUGUCGUUCUCAAAGGCGAGAAUUCAACGGUUCAACGAGCUCACGAGCGAGGCACCACCUCCGGGAGCCUACGACCCCAAAUUCGACAGAAAGGUCAAGGGCACGAUUAUCGACAAACCCGGGAAGUCUCACCACGAUGCCAAGAGCACCACGAGCAGCGGCGCCGAGUGCAACGCCUCGGUAUCGAGCCGCGGUACCAGCAAUGCCUCCGUUAAACAGUUCAGAACGCCUCAAGUGCCAAAGAAACGCGUGAUUGCAAAACCAACGGGCAUGAGCUGUCCGCGCGUCAAGACGAAGCUGUACAACAGCGAAUCCAAAGAUUCACAGACCCCGUAUGAGCCGCUGCACGAAUUGGCCGAUUUGAAGGUGGAGUGCGCCAACAAAGACAAGACCAUUCACGAGUACGAAAAACAGAUGGAUGACAUGAAGGCCGAGAUUAGCGAUUUGAACGAGAAAUUCGAGAUUCUCCAGAAGAAGCAUGCGCAGAUUGAGGAGCAGCAUCAGAAGGAUAUUGAAUCCAUGGCAAAAUUACAGCAAGAAGUUAUGGAGAAUAAGAAUGAGAAAUAUCUGAUCGAGAUGCAGGCUCUUCAGUCUCAGCUGACCUCUGCUUUGGAGACUAAAAAAGAACUGAUCUGUGAAAAGAAUAAAAUUGAGGAGGAAUUGAACGCAAAAAUUAGCAGUUUGAAAGAUGAACUGCAAAAGUUCAAAGAACAAAUUGAUAUUGUUGAUAAGAUGGAGAAACUUCAGUUGGCCACUCAGAAGUUGGAUAAGAUGACGGAAGAGCUGAAUGAAGCUUUGAACCUCAAAGACAUGCAAAUGGCAGAUCUGUUGAAUUUGCAGGCGGAAACCGAGCGUAAAUUGAGCGAAGUUCAAAUUGAGCUCAAAAAGUCGGAAAAAGAAGUAGCAGAACUAGAAGCGAAUUUGGAAAGCAUCGAAAACGAUAGCAUUCCUCAAGCUUUACCGAUGACCUCGGAAUUGAUCGAGAAAAUGACUACCGUACUACAAGAAUACUUCGAUUACGAUAACUACGAUGGCAAGUGGAACAUCGAAAAAAUGUCUUUCAGUCCCGAAAUUGAAGAGUUCCUUAAAAAUAUUAGAAAGUUUGUUACUGACUUGAAAUUGACUUACGAACGCGAAAUCGAACUGUCGAGAGACAAUUUCAAUGAAGAGCGUGAAAACCUCGAGCAGGAUCUCGAGAUGAAACGGUCGUUGAUUAUUGAUUUAGAAAAUAAAUUGGCAGAGACUAACGAAACUAACGCCUUUUUGACAGAGGAACUUCAGGAUGUACAGAAAUUAUACAAAGAUGUUAAUCGCAAUAUGCACGAAGUUAAAGCAGACUUGGAAGAAGCUAAUGAAAAGUAUGCCAAAGUGGUAGCCUCACAUAAAGGCGAAAUAGAACUUAUGACCAAGAUACACGAGGAAGAGCAAACCAAACUUAAAGACUUACUUGAAGAAGCUAGAAGCGAAUACCUAAAAGAGCUUGAUAACAUGACUACUGCUCGCAAUGAGGAACUUGCUGAAGUAAAGAAGGCAAUGGAUAAGAGAAUCGAGGAUGAAAAGAAACGAAUGAAAGAGUGUGCGAAUAAAAUGGUUGAGAACGCAGAAGCGAUUACGCGAGAGACAUUGAAAGCUUGCAAAGCUGAAAGUGAAGAACGCGUAAGAAGGGUAAUUGCCGAAACUGAUGCAAAGGUGAGUGUGUUGACGCGGGAAGCCAAAACAGCCUCGGAAGAAGAGUUACGCCAAGUGACGGAAAAGUAUAAUGCAAGCUUGGAUCUUUUGGAGAGUGAAAAAGCGUCUUUAAAUACAAAAUUAGCUCAAAGAGACUUAGAUGUUAUCCGUUUGACAGCUGCAUUAGAGGAGAUGAAGUGUACUGCUGAAACUCAGGAAAGCUUUAGUCAGAGUUUGCAAGCCGAAUUGGAUCGUGCCGAGGCAGAGCUUGUCGAAAAGAAAGAAGAGCUACGCAAUCUGAAAGACCAAAUUCGCACCGAAUCCGCGGAGAUGGUGGCCAGAAGACGCCGCUUCGAAGUUGUCAUGGCUGAAAACCAGGCUUCUGUUGCAGCUCUUACUCGUAGACUCGCACAAAGUGAAGCUGAGGUCGAGAGGCUGCAGCGUGAGUUGCAGACAAAAGAAGGUUCUUUGGUGGGAUACCGCGAGUUGCUCGAUAAUAUUACGUCGAAUUCUAAAAUGGCACAAGAACAAUUAGAUACCAUCACGGACAAAAUUGACGAAAAAGUCGAGCACAUCAGUCAGAUGGAGGUACAAAGCGUAAAUGAGAUCAACGCAGCCAAGACUAUGUUUAAUGCCAAAAUUGAAAGCUUAAGAACUGUGACGAUCGAAGAACUUGCAAAAGUUCAGAAGGAGUGUCAGGAAAAAUCGGAGCGUAACGCAGAGCUGCAGGGAACCCUCAGUCAAAUGGCAGAUAGGCUGAGUGAAGCUACAGACAUGCUGUUAAAACUGGAGGAAAUCAAUGACGAACAAUCUAUCGAGAUGUCAAAGUUACAGUUGCAAAAUACUAAACUUAUGCAACAAUUAGAUAAUAAGGAUCAAACCCUUGAAGAACACAAAAUGUGCUAUGAGCUGCAAUCCGAACAAUACAAGCUUGAAAUUAAUGAGAUGAACGACCAGUUAUCCAGAUUGAGAGGAGAAAUCAAACUUCUAAAAGAGCAGAAAGAUGCUGCAGAGGAUAAAAAAUAUGAUUUUGAAGAGUUAAAACUCAAGUACAAUGACCAGGUAGAACAGUUGACGGAAAAACUGAAAUCAGAAAAAACUCAGAGAGAAAAACUUGAAAAGCAAGUGAAACAAUAUGAACGCACGUGUGAACGUUUAGCCGAGGAGUGUCAACAAAUAACGGAUAAGUACACUGAAGUUGUAAGCCACAAUAACCAUAAACAGAGGAUAAAACAUGUAUCUCAACUGAAGGAAAAGAUUAACAACCAACAAUUGGACCUUCUUCGAUUGCGGCAGGAACUUGAUUCCAAAACCAAUCUGAUCGAGGAGCUUCGCCUGGCUAACGAGAAGCUAAAGCUGCUGGAAGAACGACGGCAUGUCGGUCAGGGCAAGGAGAACCUACAUUCGAUGGCGGGAAUCUCCUCACCUCUCGCAGCUGGCAAAACGUUGUUUCCUAAAAGCGCGAACACAACGCCUGUCUCAUCACCUCACAAGCCGCACACGCCGCUUCGGGAUCGGAAUGAGUGAUUUCGGAAAAAUUAUCGUCUAUGUUCUCAGGUUCAUUAUUCGCAUGAGAAGCUUCCCGCGCUGAGAGGGGGAGCCGUUCGCUCACACGCAGACUGAAGACUAUUAAUUUAUUAGUACUAUUAAGCUUCCAACUUGUUUUGUUACUGCCAUUUCAUUUAUAUGUCUUUUGUAAGUUCGUAAUGUCUGAUUUGCUCUAAGUGUAUCCUGGAAAACUUUCCGGAAUGACUAACUGCUUCGUGUUAAAUAGUAUUGAAAUUUGAUAUUCUUUUUUUAUAACUGUCAACUUUUAGAUUUGAUAGAUUAUUAUUUAUUAAAUUGUUGGGAAAUUUAUCCGUUAUAUUAGAGACCCUGAGAAGUCACGAAACUGCACGAUUUCGGGGCUUCU